AUGGAGGCGCGGCGGGCGUGGCGGCGGGAGGCUUUUAAAAAGCCCGGCGGGGGCGCCCCCGGGUCGCGUGGUGAUGAAUGUUUGUACGAAAGCUUUCCCGAACUUCCUUUGGAGGAAGUGCCAGAAGCUGAUGGAGAGGCUGCAAACGUCCAGUGUCCAACAUCCGUCGGCAUUCAAGAGCCAUCUUCUCCAGCAACCUCCAGUGAAGCUUUCACACCAAAGGAGAGCUCCCCUUACAAGGCUCCGAUAUACAUUCCCGAUGACAUUCCCAUUCCUUCAGAGUUUGAGCUCAGAGAAUCCAAUGUUCCUGGAGCAGGAUUAGGGAUAUGGACCAAAAGGAAGAUUGAAGCAGGGGAAAAAUUUGGCCCUUUUGUAGGAGACCAGCGGCCACACCUUAAAGAUCCCAGUUACGGUUGGGAGUCUGCUCUUGGGCAGUCCUGCAGUACACCUGUGGGCGAGGCAUUUGCAAACGACACUGUGCUAUCUGUUUGA